AUGGCGGUGAACUUUGCGGAGGUGCGGGGUCGGGUGAAGAAUGUGUGUGCGCAGAACGGGCUCCUCAUCCUGUCUGUGUUGGCUGUGGUCAUUGGCUGUAUGAUGGGGUUCCACCUGCGGGGAAAGCAGCUCUCCGACCAGGAGGUGAAGUACUUCCAGUUUCCUGGAGAGCUCCUGAUGAGGAUGUUGAAGAUGCUCAUUCUGCCCCUCGUCGUCUCCAGUUUGAUGUCGGGGCUAGCAGCCUUGGAUGCCAAGUGUUCCAGCCGCCUGGGCAUCAUGACGGUCUCCUACUACCUGUGGACCACCUUUGUGGCGGUGGUGGUGGGCAUCCUCAUGGUUACCAUCAUCCACCCAGGGGGCGCCGCCCAGAAGGAGGACAACGAGGACAGCGGCAAGCCAAUCAUGAGCUCCGCUGACGCCCUGCUUGAUCUGAUUCGAAACAUGUUCCCGGCCAACUUGGUCCAAGCAACUUUCCAACAGUACCGUACCAGGAGUAUCCCCAUCAUGAAGGCCCCCCCACCCACGGUGGCAGCCUCCCCGAUGGAGAGCACCACCCGGAGGGUCUAUAUCUACGGUGUCCAGGACGACAACGGCACCGACAUCCAGAACUUCUCCCUGGACUUGACACCUCCGCCUGACAUCCAGAUGCGCACACUGCCCGGGACCAGCGAUGGCAUGAACGUCUUGGGGAUCGUCAUCUUUUCCGCCACCAUGGGUAUCAUGCUGGGAAGAAUGGGGCCUAAUGGCAGCGCCUUGGUCAACUUCUGUCAGAGUCUGAACGAGGCUGUCCUGAAGAUUGUCGCCAUAGUGAUCUGGUACUUCCCUUUCGGCAUUGUGUUCCUGGUUGCCGGUAAGAUCCUGGAGAUGGACGACCCGUCGGCCAUGGGGAAGAAGUUGGGGUUCUACGCUAUCACCGUGGUGAUGGGACUGGUGCUGCAUGGUCUCUUCAUCCUACCAGCCAUGUACUUCUUCAUCACCAAGAAGAGUCCCAUCGUCUACAUCAGGGGCAUCCUGCAGGCCCUGCUCAUCUCCCUGGCAACCUCGUCCAGCUCUGCCACACUGCCUAUAACCUUCAAGUGCCUCCUGGAGAACAACCACAUCGACCGACGCAUCAUCCGCUUCGUGCUCCCCGUGGGCGCCACCAUCAACAUGGACGGGACGGCACUCUAUGAGGCAGUGGCGGCCAUCUUCAUCGCCCAGGUCAACAACUACGAGUUGGACUUUGGCCAGAUCAUCACUAUCAGUAUCACAGCCACAGCUGCCAGUAUUGGUGCAGCUGGAAUUCCGCAGGCAGGACUGGUCACCAUGGUGAUCGUGCUCACCUCAGUGGGCCUGCCCACUGAUGACAUCACACUCAUCAUUGCUGUGGAUUGGGCGUUAGACCGUUUCAGGACAAUGGUCAACGUGAUGGGAGACGCUUUGGCCACGGGGAUCAUGGCUCACAUCUGUAGAAAAGAUUUUGUCAAGGAGGGAGAGCAGGUACCUUUGAUCUGCGAGACCAAGCCCAUGGUCAGCAUCCAGCAGAUGACGUACCAGAAAAACGGUGGGUACCAGCCCCCUCCCUGCGGACCGGGGGGCCCGGACGUGGCUCGUCUGAUGCAGCUGGAGGAGGGGGUACGGCCGGAGCAAAGGAAGAGGAACCCCCACGCUCCCCAACACAAGAGGGAGCACAAGGACAAGGACCACUGCUCCAUCGACAUGAAUGGCCUGGAGACCAACGUUUAGGCAUAGCUAUCAUUGGGCUGCAUCCUGAUUCGCCACACUUCUCCCAAAGAGUGCAUUUGCUCACUCCCCGUCAUGAAUCUAAUAAUGGUGUCUCUAACAACUCCCUCCAGCCAAUUCUUAGCCUACACCAA